AUGAAGCUAAGUUUUCUCUUCCCUCUCCUCUUUCUCGUCCCCUUCUUAGCCUCAUGCGCUGAUAAGAAACAGGUUUAUAUAGUCUAUUUUGGAGAGCAUAAAGGUGAUAAAGCUUUACAUGAGAUUGAAGAACAUCAUCAUUCUUAUCUUCAAUCGGUUAAAGAAUCGGAAGAAGAUGCCAGAUCAUCGCUAUUGUAUAGCUACAAACACAGCAUCAAUGGCUUUGCAGCUGUGCUAACCCCUGACGAAGCUUCUAAACUAGAAAAAUUAGAGGAGGUUGUUUCGGUAUUCGAGAGCCAUCCAAGAAAAUAUGAAACGCAUACGACAAGGUCAUGGGAAUUUGUAGGAUUGGAGGAAGAGGAAACCGACGGCGAUGAUCGACGUCACAAGCACGAUGUGGAUGAUCGGUUUCGUGUCGGAAGAAAUUUUCUGAACAAGGCAAAGCAUGGAGAUGGAAUCAUCGUCGGUCUUGUCGACAAUGGGGUGUGGCCAGAAUCAAGGAGUUUCAGUGACAAAGGAAUGGGACCCAUUCCAAAAUCAUGGAAAGGAAUCUGCCAAACCGGAGUUGCCUUUAACUCUUCUCACUGCAACCGGAAAAUUAUUGGAGCGAGGUACUACGUGAAAGGGUACGAAAGUUAUUACGGACCGUUCAACGCUACAGCAAACAGAGACUUCUUGUCUCCACGAGACCCCGCAGGACAUGGGUCCCACACAGCCUCCACCGCAGUUGGUCGCCGAGUCAACGGUGUAUCAGCACUCGGCGGUUUUGCCAUGGGCUCGGCCUCGGGCGGUGCACCGUUAGCACGUCUAGCCAUCUACAAAGCCUGUUGGAUCAAGCCCAACGCUGAGAAAACUGACAUAAACGCAUGUGCCGAAGUAGACAUGCUUGCAGCAAUCGAUGAUGCGAUCGCUGAUGGCGUUCACGUUAUCAGCAUUUCGAUUGGGAUGACUGAUCCUUUGGUGCCGUUUUCAAAAGACGGAAUCGCGAUAGGAGCAUUGCAUGCGAUGAGAAGAAAUAUUGUGGUUGCGGCUAGUGCGGGGAACUACGGGCCAAAACCGGGGACUUUGUCGAAUACAGCACCGUGGAUUAUUACCGUCGGAGCUAGUACUCUUGAUCGGGCUUUCGUCGGCGGUCUUGUUCUUGGAAAUGGCUAUACACUCAAGACUGAGUCGAUUACGGCAAUCAAAAUAGACAAAUUUGCCCCUCUUGUUUAUGCUGCUAACGUGGUUGUUCCUGGCAUUGUUGCAUUGAACAAUUCAGCGCAAUGUUUACCGAAUUCACUAAGACCGGAGCUUGUGAAUGGUAAAGUGGUUUUAUGUUUAAGAGGAGCCGGUUCAAGAAUUGGUAAAGGUAUAGAGGUUAAACGAGCCGGAGGAGUCGGUAUGAUUCUUGGAAAUACUCCGGCUAUUGGCAAUGACACUGUGCCGGACCCUCAUUUCGUUGCAACAGUGGCAGUUCCCCCCACCGUGGUCGAGAAAAUUCUUGACUACAUCAAAACCGAUAAAAACCCGAUAGCGUUCAUCAAACCGGGAAAAACGGUUUACAAAAACCAACCAGCUCCUUCCAUGACCGGGUUUUCUAGUCGCGGUCCAAGCAUGGUAGAUCCCAACAUUCUAAAGCCAGAUAUAACCGCGCCGGGACUAAACAUACUAGCUGCAUGGAGCGGAGCAGAUUCACCGAGCAAAAUGUCAAUAGAUAAAAGAGUUGCUGAUUAUAAUUUCGAGACAGGAACUUCAAUGUCUUGUCCUCAUGUUGCUGGUGCAAUUGCUCUUCUCAAAGCCAUUCAUCCCAAAUGGAGUAGUGCUGCGAUAAGAUCUGCUCUUAUGACCACUGCUUGGAUGACCAACGAUGAGAAGAAACCGAUCCAAGACACAAACGGCUUACCCGCGAACCCAUUUGCGUUUGGAUCAGGACAUUUUAGGCCAACAAAAGCUGCAGAUCCCGGUUUAGUCUACGAUGCAUCAUACCGAGAUUACCUUCUCUAUAGUUGUUCAGUUGGUUUUACCGGUAUUGACCAGACAUUCAUAUGUCCAACUAAAAUCCCUCCCGGUUAUAACCUCAAUUACCCGUCAGUCUCUAUCCCGAAUCUCAACAAGACAGUGACAGUUAAAAGAACGGUUACAAAUGUUGGAGAUGGUAACUCAACAAGCACGUAUGUAUUCAGCGCUAAAGCACCCCUUGGUGUUUCUGUCAAGGCUAAACCGAGUGUGCUGACAUUUAACCGGAUUGGUGAAAAGAAGCGGUUUAAAAUCGUGGUCACGGCAGGAAAGGACAAGAUGUUGAAUGCGACUGAAAAGGGUCAAUACCAAUUUGGAUGGUUUAGUUGGGCAGAUGGGUACCAUGUUGUGAGGAGUCCAAUUGCUGUUUCCUUAGCUUGA